AUGGCAUAUACACAUUUAUUUUAUAUUUUUGUUUUUAUUUUUUUAUAUAUGUAUAAAUCUGAAGAAAUAAAUGUUGAAAAGGAAGAAAAAUUUAAAGAAAAUAAUAUUACAAAAGAUGUAGAAUAUAAUUAUUUUGAUUUAGGGUUAGAUAAUCUAAGUUUGUUACCAAAUCCCAUUGAAUUAUAUGAAUAUAUAAAUAGUGAAUAUGUAAAAACAAGAGGAAAACAUUUUAAUAAUUUAAAAGGAGCAUUAAAAAAAAUGAAAUUAUCAAAGGAGGUAUUUUUAGAAUUAUAUAAAUCAGCAUUAAGCUAUUUUGAUAUAGAUGGUUAUACAUUUUUAAUGGAAAAGGUUAUGAGUAAAGAAUAUGGAAAUAAAUUUUUACAAAAAAAAAAAAAAAAAAAUGAAUUAUAUCCGCAUUGUGAUAAUAUAACUAAUAGUAGAAUUCAAAACAAUGAGCUUCGAAAUAAUAGAAAAGAACGAAUAGGAAAUAAAAAUAUUGAUAAUGAUAAUAUGUCAGAACAAAUUGAAUAUCCAGGGGGGCCUAUAAGAUCGAGUUAUGGAAAUAAUUUAAGUAAACUAAUGAAGGCAUCUUUAGAAAAUGUAGAAACAAUUGAAUCAUCAAAAGAACCAGGGUUAUCAAAUAUGUUAUUACAAAGUUUAACAAUGGUUAAAGGACUUAUACAAUCAGUUGCAAGUUCAGUUGUUGAUAUUGUUCCUCCUCUCAUACCCCCACCAAUAUGGGUAAAUAGACCAUUACCAUGUUUGCCUAUGGUUACUGGUAAAAAUUGUUUGGGUUCUAUUUUAUAUCCAAUAACAGCAGCAGAAUUUAUAACGGCAGAUGUAACAGAUUCUACUAUGAAUGGAAUUAUAGCUAGCUUUCCAUCAAAAUAUUCAUCAAAAAUUGGAAAAACAUCUAAUACACAAUAUAGAAUAUGUGCAAUGGCAUAUUUAGGAAUGUAUUGUGCAUCUUUAUUUCCUAUAUGUUGGUUACCAAUAGGUUUAAAGGUUGCUGAAACUAUGUCUGUAUGUUUUCCUCAAUGCUUAGCCACUUUGAUUGCUUGCCCUGGAUUUUGGAUUAAUGAUAUUGAAGGCCCAUGUAAUAAUGCAUCUGUACCUCCAUUUUGUUCAUUUUCCAUAUUUGUUAAUCAUAAAAUAAUACCACCUCAAUUAAGCACAUAUGAAAAUUCCCAUCUUUAUCCUAAAACAUGCCCAGAAAAAGAUGACAAUUAUGAUAUUACAGAAGAAUUAUAUGAACAUGAUGAAAGCCAAGGAAAUAAAGAAAGUAUAUAUUUAAACGAAAAAAAAUCAUACUCAAAUAUUUCCUUGCCUACAUAUAGAGAUUCUGUUAAAACUAUAUAUGAUGAUAAUGCAAAACCUGAAAGUAUAGAUGCAUGUAAUUGUAUAGGCAUUGAGGAUUUAUGUAUUAAGCAUUUUGCUAUUCCAGUCUCUAAAAAAUAUAAUGAUCCUAAUUAUACUUUUAUUUUUGAACAUAAAUAUGAAGAACCAGUUAAAUUAACAAAGUUUCAAAAAAAAUGCUGUUCUAUAUGUAAACAAAUUUUUAAUAUUAUAGCUCCAAAAAAAAAAAAAAUUAUAGAUUUAAGAGGAUUCGAUAUUUAUCCAAAAAAAUUUGGAUCCAGCUUUUUGUCUGAUAUUGUUGUUCACUGA